AUGGGUUCCUUAAUGCACUUUGAUUCUUAUGCUCUGGUUUAUGCUUGUAAUGCUUUAUUUGCUCCUGAGUUGGUUGAGAAGCCUGGUGAUACUUCCUUGACAAGGCUCAAAACUUUAUAUACUCAGGCCAAAGAUCUUUCAGAGAGUGAAAAAAGGAAAAGGAUGAAAGCUGAUUCAGAUAUCUCAAGGCUUUCUUCUGCAUUAAGAAGUCAGCUUGAAGCUUGUGCUAGUCUAAAGGGUGAACAGGUGGCAGCUAGGGUCACAGGUGAUAAUGCUGAAAAGGAUGAGUGGUUUGUUGUAAAAGUGAUUCAUUUUGACAGGGAAACAAAAGAAUUUGAAGUACUCGAUGAGGAGCCAGGAGAUGACGAAGAGGGUAGUGGCCAAAGAAAGUACAAGUUGCCCAUGUCGUGUAUUAUACCUUUCCCCAAGCGAAAUGAUCCUUCUAGUGUCCCAGAUUUCCCUCCUGGGAGAAAUGUAUUGGCUGUUUAUCCAGGAACGACAGCACUUUAUAAGGCAACAGUUGCGAGCUCCCCUCGGAAGAGGAAGACAGAUGAUUAUUUGCUGGAAUUUGAUGACGACGAAGAAGACGGAGCCUUGCCUAAGAGGAUGGUUCCCUUCCAUAAGGUGGUUGCCUUACCAGAAGGGCAUCGUCAAUGA